AUGGCUAAAGAAAUUCAGAAAAUUUACAAUGAUCCUAAUGAUUUUUUUAACUCGCCUGAAGAUUUUAUUGUAGAUAGAGGUACUGAAUAUAUGAGCGAAUGUAAAGAUUUAUUACUCAAUUAUAAUGUUGGAAUUCAGUAUGUUAACUCUAAAUGUAAUGUAGCUAUUGCUAAACGUGACCAUCAAGAAUUUGAAAAAUAUGCUUCCUUUUGGCAAGAUGCUGAAGAUUUUCAUUUGCCUUUAAUUAAUAGAUCCAGAGCAUGGUUUAAGAGACUUUGUAUAAAUGAUGAUAUUUACAAUAAUACUCCUACUCAGUUAAUAUGGAAUGAGGCUGUAAAAAAGGCAUUAAAUAAUAAAACAAUAAUAGUUAGACUUUCUGUCAAACAUAGGAGACCAGUUGAUUAUAAUGAACCACUUUUACCUAGCUAUACUGAAGUUCGUUACCUUUUAAAACCUGGUGAAUUAGAAGGUAGGAGAAAAAGGGCAACUGAUUGCAAUUGGUCUCCUGAAGUCUUUACAAUUGGUUCUUAUUUGAUAAAAGAAAAUCAGCCUAUUCUCUACAAGUUUUACAAGGGUCCUAAAUAUUUAUUUGUAAAAGAAGAACUACAAAUCAUCCCGCUAGACACAGUAUUACCUUCCAAAUAUAUUUUCAAGCAUUAA